AUGGAGUUUGUUAUGGACAUUCUUGAAGAGAUUGAAGAGUCUGAAAAAGGAGAGAAACAGAGCAUUUUAAAUUUAGCCUUAAAGGAAAACGAAUACGUGGUACAAUUCUGGAAAACAGUUAAGACGAAAGAAAGAAGUGAGCAAAUUCAAUUUGAAGGUGAAAAUUCACGUCCAGAGUCGGCGUGGGUGUGCAUCCUUAAUCUGAGAGCGAUUUGGUUCGUGAAGGGUGGGUUUAAAUCGGCAUUGCCCAAAAGACGUAAUCGUGAUUACGAACAUUCUCAAAAAUGUAGUUAUUAA